AUGGAGUUCUCCAUGAGGUUUCUUGCAGUGAUGUCCCUCUUGCUGUUGGUUUCCAUGUCCACUGAGAUGGGAGGUCCUCUAAUGGCAGAUGCAACGUGUGACUGGGACCUUUGUGAUAGAGGGUGCCAGCUUCUGGAUUACAAACGAGGAUGUUGCGAACUGUAUCCAGGCUGCAGUUAUUGUGUUUGCUCCGACGAAGAAAUAUGCCUGCUACGCACCACAAUGGAAAUAAAAGUUGGUGAGAAGACUGUGAUGAUUGCGGCAACACCCAAAAAGUCUUUCAUCAAGGAGCCAGUUGCUUGA